ACCUUUAAGGUGGAAUAUCUCCAAGAAAUCGAGAAGAAAGUCCAAGAGAGAUGGGAUAAAGAGAAAAUAUUUGAAGUGGAGGCACCAUCUGAUGGAAAACCGCAUGAAAAGUUUCUUUGCACUUUCCCUUACCCAUACAUGAAUGGCCGCUUGCAUCUUGGUCAUACAUUCUCACUGUCAAAGUGUGAGUUUGCAUCAAGAUAUUAUAGACUUAAAGGCCGUAUGGUACUCUUCCCAUUUGGCUUCCAUUGCACAGGAAUGCCCAUUAAAGCUUGUGCGGACAAACUCAAGAGGGAAAUGGCUUUAUGUGGAUGCCCUCCAGUUUUCCCUGAGGAAGAGGAAGUGGCAGUGAAGGAAGAAGACAUAGUGCCUAAAGAUAAGAGCAAAGGAAAGAAAAGCAAAGCUGUGGCGAAAACUGGUGCAGCCAAGUUUCAAUGGCAGAUCAUGAAAAGUAUUGGCAUAUCUGAUGAAGAGAUCAAAGAGUUUGCCAAUGAAAGUUACUGGCUGGAGUAUUUUCCUCCACGAGCUGUAGAUGAUUUGAAAAGAAUGGGUAUUCAUGUCGAUUGGCGGCGUAAGUUUAUCACUACAGAUGCCAAUCCAUUUUACGAUUCAUUCAUAAGAUGGCAGUUUUACCAUCUGAAGGAUCGUAACAAGAUCAUGUAUGGUAAACGGUACACUAUAUUCUCACCGUUAGACAAGCAGCCUUGCAUGGACCAUGACAGGAGCACUGGUGAAGGUGCAGGUCCUCAGGAGUACACUCUGAUCAAAAUUGAAGUCCUAGACCCACUCCCGGAGAAACUUAAGUGAGUUUUGGUUGUGAUUAACU